AUGCGUAGCAAGUUCAAGGACGAGCACCCCUUCGAGAAGCGCAAGGCCGAGGCCGAGCGCAUCCGACAAAAAUAUGCCGAUCGAAUUCCCGUCAUCUGCGAAAAGGUUGAGAAGAGUGACAUUGCGACCAUCGACAAGAAGAAAUACCUGGUUCCGUCAGACUUGACUGUCGGCCAGUUCGUCUACGUCAUCCGCAAGAGGAUCAAGCUCUCUCCCGAGAAGGCCAUCUUCAUCUUCGUCGACGAGGUGCUGCCUCCCACGGCCGCUCUCAUGAGCAGCAUCUACGAGGAACACAAAGACGAGGAUGGGUUUCUCUACAUCACCUACUCCGGGGAGAACACCUUCGGGACUGCCUGA